AUGGCAGAAAUGCUUGAUACAACUAUGUUAAAUAAUAGUACUGAUGGAGUAGGUGUAGAUGAGAAGCUGUCUUUGCGGCGGGUAGCCGUCGUAGAAGAUUUCUUUGACAUUAUCUAUUCCAUGCAUGUUGAAACUGGGCCUAAUGGAGAACAAAUCAGAAAACAUGCUGGACAAAAGAGAACGUAUAAAGCAAUUUCAGAGACCUAUGCCUUCCUACCGAGAGAAGCGGUGACACGAUUUCUAAUGAGCUGCUCAGAGUGCCAGAAAAGAAUGCAUUUAAACCCAGAUGGAGCAGAUCAUAAAGAUAAUGGAAAACCUCCAACUUUGGUGACCAGUAUGAUUGAUUACAACAUGCCAAUUACUAUGGCUUAUAUGAAACACAUGAAGCUGCAGCUACUAAAUUCACAGCAAGAUGAGGAUGAAAGCUCUAUAGAAAGUGAUGAGUUUGAUAUGAGUGACUCGACCAGGAUGUCAGCUGUGAACUCUGACCUCAGCUCAAAUCUGGAAGAGAGAAUGCAAAGUCCUCAGAACCUCCAGGGCCAGCAGGAUGAUGAUUCAGCCGCAGAGAGUUUUAAUGGCAAUGAGACCGUGGGACACAGUUCCAAUGCUUCAGGGGGAACACACUGCAGGGAGAUGGCAGAAACCAACAGUAAUGGCAAAACAAAUCUGGAGCAGGAUGAGCAGCCUCUGAACCUGAGUGACAGUCCCCUCUCUGCUCAGCUGACUUCAGAAUACAGACUAGAUGAUCACAGCAGUAAUGGAAAGAACAAAUACAAGACUCUCCUAAUUUCUGAUCUCAAGAUGGAACGGGAGGCAAGAGAAAAUGGAAGCAAGUCCCCUGCACAUAGCUAUUCAAGCUAUGACUCUGGGAAGAAUGAGAGUGUAGGCAGAGGUGCUGAAGAUCUGUCUCUGAAUCGAGGAGAUGAGGAUGAAGAUGACCAUGAUGAGCAGGAAGAUCCUGAGAAGGUUAAUGAAUCAGAUGGGGUAGAAGCUGAGCGACUGAAAGCUUUUAAUAUGUUUGUCAGGCUGUUUGUAGAUGAAAACUUGGACCGAAUGGUCCCAAUCUCUAAGCAGCCCAAAGAAAAGAUCCAGGCUAUCAUUGACUCAUGCAGGCGACAAUUCCCUGAGUAUCAAGAGCGUGCCAGAAAACGCAUACGUACUUACCUCAAGUCCUGCAGGCGGAUGAAAAGAAGUGGUUUUGAGAUGUCACGACCUAUUCCCUCACACCUUACUUCAGCAGUUGCAGAGAGUAUCCUGGCUUCCGCCUGUGAGAGUGAAAGCAGAAAUGCUGCAAAAAGGAUGCGGUUGGAUAGACAGCAGGAUGAGGCUGCUCCGGCUGACAAGCAGUACAAACAGGAGCCAGCCCAGGUCACUUACUCAACAUCAGCUGUUUCCAGCACACAGGAGGUGUUGUACAUCAAUGGCAAUGGGACCUACAGUUACCAUAGUUACAGAGGGCUCGGAGGUGGGCUGCUAAAUCUCAAUGAUGCUUCUAGCAGUGGUCCAACAGAUCUCAGUAUGAAGAGGCAGUUAGCAACCAGCUCUGGAUCCUCCAGUAGUUCAAGCUCUAGACCCCAGCUGAGUCCAACUGAAAUAAAUGCAGUGAGGCAGCUCGUGGCAGGGUAUCGAGAAUCAGCCGCAUUUUUAUUGCGUUCUGCAGAUGAACUGGAAAACCUUAUUUUGCAGCAGAACUGA